AUGCGUCGCGUCGUCGUGACGGGUCUGGGCGCGGUCACUCCCCUCGGCGUUGGUGUACGGCAAACAUGGAAACGUCUACUAGAUGGCCAUUGUGGCAUCGUCAAUGUAGUUGACCGCGAUGAGCGCUUUCGGGAUAUCCCCUCGCAGAUUGCAGCUGUUGUGCCUCGGGGGAAAAAGGAAGAUGGGGCGUGGACGGCGUCAGAAUGGUUGAGUCGUGGGGAUGAGCGUGUCAUGGCCAAGUUUGCGCAAUAUGCUAUGGCUGCUGCGGAGGAGGCUCUUGGAGAUGCGGGUUGGAAACCGACAUCGUUUGAGCACAAAGAGGCUACUGGAGUCUGUCUUGGCUCAGGCAUUGGCAAUUUCGAGGAGAUGUACGAUACAGUCGUUGCGUAUGAACAAGGGGGCUACAAAAAAGUCAAUCCAUUAUUCGUCCCGAAACUAUUAAUCAACCUCGGUGCUGGACAUAUCUCCAUGAGAUAUGGGUUCAUGGGCCCCAAUCACGCUGCAACAACAGCUUGUACAACAGGCGCCCAUUCCAUCGGCGACGCAUCACGGUUCAUCGCCUGCGGCGACGCCGAUGUCAUGGUUGCCGGCGGCGGCGAAUCUUGCAUUCAUCCCCUAGCUAUUGGCGGGUUCGCUCGUGCGCGCAGUCUAGCCACGGAUUUCAACGAUAACCCCGAGAAAGCGUCAAGGCCAUUUGAUGCAGAUCGUAAGGGCUUUGUUGUUGGUGAAGGUGCAGCUAUGUUGGUUCUAGAGGAACUGAAUCACGCUCGAGCUCGAGGUGCCCAUAUCUACGCCGAACUGAAAGGGUACGGCUGCUCUGCUGAUUCACACCACAUGACCGCCCCGAAAGAAAAUGGCGAGGGUGCAUUCAUGGCUAUGAAGAAAGCAUUGAAGCAAGCCCAAUUGACCCCGGGAGAGAUUGACUACGUCAACGCCCACGCAACAUCAACUAUAAUCGGGGACGCCGCCGAGAACGCAGCAAUCAAGACCCUCCUCCUCGGCCCGGAAGGUAAACAGAAACCCGCAGACAUCAAUGUCAGCAGCACCAAGGGCGCCGUGGGCCAUUUACUCGGCGGUGCUGGAGCGGUGGAAGCUGUGUUUAGUGUGAUGGCUAUUCAGGAUAAUGUGAUGCCACCUACUAUCAACUUGGACCGGUUGGCGGAUGGAUUCGAUUGCAAUUAUGCGCCGAAUGAGUCGCAGGCGAGGAAGAUUGAUGUUGCCUUGACGAAUAGCUUUGGGUUUGGGGGGACGAAUAGUAGUCUUUGUUUUGCUAGGCUGAAGUGA